CAACCGUAGUAGGACAGCACUGAAGGCCCGGGUAUAAAAUGCACGGCCCGCCACUGUGGUUUAUGUUUAGGAGACAGUGAUGGGUAGAGAAGGGGAGGAAUAGGAAAUGCGGAAAAAGAAGUAAAAACAAAUAUUGGGAAAUGGGGGAGGGCAGACGUCAGAGACAGAGGAGGGAAGGAAGAACAAGGCAGAGGAGCUUGGGACGUAAAGAAACUGUCCUCCCAACAUUCCCUCUUACAAGCUAUCGUUUUGCUUUGAAGUGCAAACAUUGCUGUAGAGUGAAUGAAAAAAGCCUCAGUAACUGGGGAAGUUUAGUGCCAACUAGACAUUGAAGACACUGCUGUUGAAAUGUUUUAAGUCUGACAUUCAUAUUUUAUUAUAUUGGCUUUGCUCUCACACCCGGCUAACAGGCGAGCAGUCGGUCCACAGGGCUUCAGCACAAACAUUACAACAUAGAGGCGUUGUCACUCAUCUUCUUCAGGCCCGUCUGCUCUCUUGAGAACCGAGUGCUACUGAGAUGUACAGAACAUCUUCAUAGUAAAGUCAAGGCAGCUAGCUCAGUACAGUACUCUGUGCUGAUCCUCCUCUGAGUCAUUAAACUCAACCUCUUUAUAUACUGCAUCUCCAUCUACUUUAGGCAGCCUUGGAGCUCCUGCAGGAGUGAGGAUGUUAAUUACUGUGAGGUUAAAUAUGUGGCUCUGUAACCAAAGUGGAGAAAGAUCAGAAAACAGGUGAAAAGAUACCAGCUCUUUGUCAUCCUCCAUCCUCUCCAUAGACUUCAGAAGGAUGCUGACGGCAAACGAGAGAGGAAGAGAUCCAGAGAUCCAGAGAGAGAUGAGGAGCUGAAGGUACAAUGUGGACACGAGGAGCUCUAACCUUUCAAAACAUAAGGACUUCUUGGGUCAGAUGUUCUGUACGUUGGGGGAGAUCAUCGGCUCCACCGGUAGCAGGCUGGAAAGGACUCUCUCUGGGAUUCCAGGGAAGAAGUGUGGAACCAUCAUCUUCUCCGCCGAGGAGCUCAGUAACUGCCGGGACAUAGCCACCAUGCAGCUCUGUGCCAACAAGCUGGACAAAAAGGAUUUCUUCGGCAAGUCCGACCCUUUCCUCGUCUUCUACCGGAGCAACGAGGAUGGGACGUUCACCAUCUGCCACAAGACUGAGGUGAUCAAGAACAAUCUGAACCCCGCUUGGCAGCCGUUCACCAUUCCUGUUCGGGCGCUCUGUAAUGGAGACUAUGACAGGACGGUCAAGGUGGACGUAUACGACUGGGACAGAGACGGGAGUCAUGACUUUAUCGGAGAGUUCACCACCAGCUACAGAGAACUGUCCAGAGGCCAAAGCCAGUUCAAUGUCUACGAGGUUUUGAAUCCUAAAAAGAAAGGCAAGAAGAAGAAAUACGUCAAUUCUGGGACGGUGACUCUGCUGUCCUUCAAAGUGGAGUCAGAAUGCACGUUCGUCGACUUCAUCAGAGGAGGGACACAACUCAAUUUCACCGUGGCCAUAGACUUCACAGCAUCCAACGGUAACCCGUCCCAGCCCACCUCACUGCACUACAUGAGUCCGUACCAGAUGAACGCGUACGCCAUGGCUCUGAAGGCUGUGGGUGAGAUCAUCCAGGACUACGACAGCGACAAACACUUCCCAGCAUAUGGCUUCGGAGCUAAGCUUCCCCCGGACGGCAAGAUCUCCCACGCCUUCCCACUGAACUCAAAUACAGAAAACCCAAACUGUGUGGGCAUCGAGGGUGUACUGGAGGCAUACUUUCAGAGCCUGAGAACUGUUCAGCUGUACGGCCCGACCAACUUCGCUCCCGUUGUCAACCAGGUGGCUCGGUGUGCUGCAGAGGUGACUGACGGCUCCCAGUACUUUGUGCUGCUGAUGAUCACAGAUGGCGUCAUCUCGGACAUGGCUCAGACCAAAGAGGCUGUUGUCAAUGCAGCCUCCCUGCCCAUGUCUAUCAUCAUUGUAGGAGUGGGCCCUGCUGAGUUUGAUGCUAUGGAGGAGCUGGACGGGGAUGAGGUCAGGGUGUCCUCCAGGGGACGCUUUGCUGAGAGAGAUAUCGUCCAGUUCGUUCCUUUCCGGGACUACAUCGACCGGUCGGGGAACCAGGUCCUGAGCAUGGCCCGCCUGGCUAAGGACGUCCUGGCGGAGAUCCCCGACCAGCUGCUGUCCUUCAUGAAGAGCAAGGGGAUCGAACCUCGGCCCCCUCUGCCCGCCAGCUCAGACUCCCCCUCAAUGUCCACCACCACCACCACCACAUCCACCAAUCCUGCCCCCAAGGAACGCAACAUGCACACCUGAGGCGAGGGCAGCGAGUACGGUAGUCUGAGAAAAGGGAGGUGUGUGUGUGUGCGUGUGUGUGUGUGUGUGUGAGUGUGUGUGUGUGUGUGUUGCAUGGUUUCAGGGUUAGGAACCGAGUCAGGCUUUUGAACAUCGUUCCCGCAGUACAUUGAAGGGGACACUUACCAGAAGAGUUGGUGGGGAUGGAUUUCUCCAACAACACCUGGACUGGAAAUGUAGAAAACACUUUUCAGCACCUAUCACAGGUGUAACACACAACUCUGCAAUUACAAACUGCAUUUAAAUCAAAGGCUGUUAAUGUAGUUUAGCAUCUUUUCCUCAGUCAUCAAAAAACCCACCCACGGACUUUUCUGCCAGCACAACUUCUCCCGCAGAGGGCGAGUCCACAGCUCCGUCCACCCCACUUCACUUUCUGUGACAGCAUUCCUGCUCACAGUGAGAAGAGUGUCCGCUGCAUUAGAGUAACACAUCCGGAAGCAGCCGGCCCAUUGGUUUUUUUUUUGUAAAGAAAGACGGCGCUGAGGCUGAUGGCCGUUCCUAGUUUCUUUUUUAUCCUCAGGGCAUUUUAGAGGCUUGACAGGAAAACGGUGGAUCUGAAAGUAGAGAGGCAGAAAUGAAAUCCAGUCCUGGUUGUGGCAUCUGCGAGCCACUGGUUCAUUUUAUUGCUUCAGGGAAAUGCUACAUGUGAAAUUCAAAUAAAUGUGUGUUGAUAUAGAAGGGGGUGGAGGGUGCUCUACAUUUCAAGGUCAACAUUCAGAGACUGAGCCUCGGCGAGUCGAAACUAAUCCCACUUGGACACGAAGGGAAGGUGCUUGCGAGCCCCUCCUGAAAGCAGGAAAUAUAUACGAGCAUGAAAUUGGCUCGGGAUGGAGAACAGACUGAACUAUCCGCCACUCCCAGCUCCUCCACUUCCUCCCAGCCACCAUACAAUUUAACAAUAUCCAGAGACUAUUUCAGCCCCGGUCGCAAAGCCCAACAUAAAUAUGUCUGUGCUCUGCUGACCCCCUCACCCCCCCCCCCUUCCUCUAAAUUGUAACUCUCAGCUGUGGCUGUCAUUUGGGAUGAAUCAUUCAUGAGGUGGGUGCCCUCUGGUUCUCAAGCUGUCUGGGCCUGUUUAAAAUGAACAGAGUUGUUCAGCGCGCAUUUCACGGCCCAGAAUACUUCGUAUGUAGCAGAGAAUGUGUGGAAGCGUCAGGGUGUCAUCUUUUACUCUUCUUCAUUUCUCACCAGUGACGGGACGGCAACAAAAAGAGUGAAAAGGAGAGUGAGGUUUGGUUCUCUGUCAGGGUCGCUCAGACCGACUACUUUUAAAAAUGUAUGCACAGUUUGGCCUCAGUCUGGGCUCAACAGCUGCUGUAUAACCAAAUGAUUUGGAAUUUGACUUUCUUUUUGCGGACAUAUCCUCUGUUUUGUGAUUUCAUUUCUUAUGCCUUUGCUUUCUGCAUUCAGGAUUCCUUUCCACACAUCCACACAUACUGUGCAGUCAGGUCCAAACUUUUUGUCUCUGACCUUUGGCACUUAGCAAACAACUAAACAGGAACGGUUUCAAACAGUCGGGGAAGGUCUGUAGAGCCAAUUAUAACAGUAUUGGAUGGAUUAUUAAGCAUGUGUCAUUGUAUUAGAAAGGAAAUGGAUAUGUGGCCUUAUUUCUGUCAUAAUCCUACAAGUGUGUUACGAGGGACUCUAUUUUUCUAUGUCGAAACAGGACAUCUGUGUUAUUUUGCAUGCUUGUUUGGCUGAUAUGCUGCCAAUGAUUGUACUUGUUUAGAAAAGAAAAACCACUUACUGUAUAUUUAGUCCUAUCUUGAAAAUGACUUCAAACAACAUUCCUACAUGUGUUGACUUGUGUUCUGUGCAGGAGCGUUCUUUCUAUUUCUACGGUUAUUGCGUGCAGUGUACUUGAAGGGACUGGCAAUGUGAUGAUCCCAAACAUAGAGGAGCCACACCAAUAGUAGGAUAGAUUCCUAUCACACUGUGUUUGAAACAUACAUGCAUGCAUGCGUGUGUUAUCAAGACGUACGCCAACACACGGUCACAAAAACGUAUCGGAUACUUUUGUAUGAAGCAUGUGGAGCUUUCUAUACAGUGUGUACAGUAUUGGUUAAUGACACUCACAGACGGUAUCCCGCUCCCCACUUCCCCCGUAUGUGAACCAUACAACCUACAUGGGUAAAAUGGAAAUACAUCUAAAGGGAUGUACAGAAUAUUUUGUGAAAGUCUUCCUUCCUUCCAUUUUGUUCCUCUCUUGAUACUCUAAAUAUGUCUUUCUGUCUUCAUUUGUGUCGGUCAAAAUUGAGUUCUGGUUUGUCAUUGUUUUAUAGCUUUUGCUUAGAAACCAAAAUAAAGAUAAUGUUUA